AUGGCAGAAGAAGGGUCAACUAUAGACAUUGACGGCAGCAUCAUGGAGGGUGGAGGACAGAUCUUGCGUAUCUGCACUGCUCUAAGCUGCCUUCUUGGAUUACGUGUGCGUGUAAUGAAGAUCCGAGCAGGAAGAAGCACUCCAGGACUGAGGCCACAGCACUUAUCUGGACUGGAGACUGUUCGGGAUUUGUGUUGUGGGCAGUUGGAAAAAGCUGAAAUUGGAUCAACAGAGAUCAACUUUGCACCUGGAAGGAUAAAAGGAGGAGCACUGACUGCUGAUACGAAGACAGCUGGGAGUGUGUGCUUACUGCUUCAAGUCUCACUCCCCUGCGUCCUCUUUGCUGAGUCCCCCUCUGAACUCAUCAUCUUCAAAGGUGGUACAAAUGCUGAGAUGGCACCACAGAUUGACUAUACUACAAUGGUGUUUAAACCUGCUGCAGAGCGUUUUGGUUUUAAACUGGAUUGUGACAUUAGGAAAAGGGGUUACUACCCACGUGGAGGAGGGGAAAUCCUAGUCAGAGUAUCUCCUAUAAAAUAUUUGAAGCCUAUCAACCUAACAGACCGAGGUACCAUCACAAAAAUCUAUGGACGGGCCUAUGUGGCUGGAGUUCUUCCUUACAAGAUGGUGAAGGACAUGAUUUCAGCAGCAGUACGCUGCAUAAGACGGGAGUUGAGGGAUCUGUAUGUUAAUAUUCAAGGUGUCCAAGAGCCUGCAGACAAAGCAGUGGGAAACGGUAGUGGGAUUAUAAUCGUUGCUGAGUCUUCCACAGGUUGUAUAUUUGCAGGAUCCUCACUAGGGAAGAAAGGAGUAACUGCAGACCGUGUAGGGGCUGAAGCUGCAGAAAUCCUUCUCCGUAACCUGCGUCAUGGAGGCUGUGUCGAUGAGUAUCUCCAGGACCAGUUGAUUAUUUUCAUGGCUCUGGCAGAUGGAGUCUCUCAGAUUAAGACAGGUCCUCUUACCCUGCAUACUCAAACAGCCAUACACUUCACAGAGCAAUUAACAAAGCCCAACAGGCUAAGUUUACAGUGA